UCACCUUCAUUAUCACCUUCAUUAUCAUCACCUUCAUUAUCAUCAUCAACAUCAUCAUCACCUCAUUAUCAUCACCUUCAUUAUCAUCAUCAAUCAUCACCUUCAUUAUCAUCACCUUCAUUAUCAUCACCUUCAUUAUCAUCAUCAACAUCAUCAUCACCUUCAUUA